AUGGUCCUCAAGACGUCCUCGGCAUUCGCCGUCUGCUCCAGCAACAACGUCCUGAACCUCUUCGCCAUCCCCGCACACCACACAUCCAUAACGUCACCACCCUCACGACGACCAUCCUCCGAACACCCCGCCUCACACAGCACACGAUCCUCAACCUCACGAUCCUACGCAACAGUACACCACAAACCUCCUCACAAUGGAUCAUCAAAAGGGAAAGGCGGCACCGGCAGCCCAUGGCCAACCUGCAAGAACCCCACCCCCUACGACAUCUUCGCAAUAGACAAAGCAGCACCCUACACAAAAGCCCGCUUCGCCGAGCUCGUAAAACAAUACCACCCAGACAAACACCACGCCACAGCCCUCGACUCCCUCCCCGCAGCAACCCGCCUAGAGCGCUACCGCCUCAUCGUCCUCGCAAACGAAAUCCUCAGCUCCCCAGACAAACGCCGCGCCUACGACGCCUGGGGCUUCGGCUGGCACAUCCCCGGCAAGACAGGCGCAGCACCGGAAGACAUCAACGAAGUCUACCGCCGCGCCGAUAAAGCAUGGCGCCACGGCUACGCACGCAACGGCGGGGACUCCCCCGCCAUGAACGCGACCUGGGAAGACUGGGAGCGGUGGCACGAACGGCAGGCUAACGGCGGAGCGGAGAGGCAGAAGCCAAUGUACAUGUCCAACGCCAGUUUCGCGGCGCUGGUUCUGGCCGCGUUGGCGGUGGGCACGGUGGCGCAGACGACAAGGAUGGAUAAUAGCACGGCGACGUUCCUUGAGAAGAAGAAUGCUCACGAGGCCAAUAUUAGCGAGGCGCUGAGACGGCAAGGCCAGGCUGUGGCUGGCAAAGGCCGGGAGGAACGUAUCGAGCGGUUCGUGAGGGAGCGGGAGAAUAUCAAUUUUGGGUUCAUGCCGAGUAAAUUAGACGUUCGGCCGGCGGCGACAACGAGCAGUCCAAAGUGA